AAUUUAUCAGCAGGGAUUUUAUAGAUAAUUCGCGUUCGGUAGUGUUUUUUUGUGUGCAUGUGAUCCAGAUUAUAAUGAGACAAAUUCACUAUAAUAUUCCUCGAUUUUCGUAAUUUCAGCAGCUUGAAUAAAUGUAUAGAUAUUCUUGUUGAACUACCAUUGGGGCUCUGAAUGCAUUCUUCAACAAAAAUGGCAGAAUCAGGCGAGUUUGGAAGCGUUCGAAAGAGAAGUUCGCCUGCAUCAGAAAAUCCCACUUCGACUUCAUUUCAACAUGACGAGAAUCGAAAUCAGAGAGAAAAUGAGUCUUCACAACAGUGUACCUCGAUGGCAGAAUACUAUGAAAGGCUUAGGAACUGGAUUUUCAUGUACAAAUCGCAUACGUAUAUGCAACAACAUAUGAUGUUUAUGAUGCCAUAUGUGACAUUUGCUUCAUAUCUCCAACAACAGCAGCAGCAGAUAACGGGAACCGGGACGACGAGAAGCCAGAGCUCGGGCGGAGUUAUGAGCGGGCAACCGAUUCCAGCAGCGCAAAUGCCCGCACAAAAUCAACAGAUACAAAAUGAUAUUCGGCUAGCUCAUGGUGUCCAAAAUCAACAGAAUGUGGCUCAGAAUGGGAAUAUUAUUCCUCAAAUUGCAGUCUUAGACUUCUCUGUGCCAUCAAUAUACCGGCGUGUGAUUGCAGAGCUGAUUGACUUCUUUCUCCUGUUUUCAGCCAAGCUUGGCUUGAUGUUGGUCAUCAUCGACUACCUUGGCAUCAGCAGUGAUACUACAGGAUUCAUGAUGCGCUUCUUGGUGGAAGAAAUUGAAGAUGACACAUCGCUGGAAGAACUUCAACAAAUGCUCUUGUUUGCCUUCAUCUACAGAAUCAUUGUCUGUGUUUAUGAGACAUUCUUUUUGUGCAGCCGUAUCAAUUGGGUUCUUGGUGGUGCUACGCCAGGCAAGGUCCUCAUGCGACUGAGAGUAAUCUCACUGGAGCAGGUCCAGUCAGCUGGUCCAGGACGGGUCCAAGUUACCUUACCCGACAGUGUCGGCUUUACACAAGCCCUGCUGAGGUCGCUGGUCAAGAAUUUCUCCAUGGCGUUUUUCUUCCCGGCGUGUAUCACGGUGUUCUUCAACCCUCACUUCAGGGCUGCUUAUGAAGUGCUGACAAGGACUAUGGUAGUCGGAACUGAAAAUUGGCCUUUGACCUUCCAACAGAGAGGUCGAAAUCAACGGGUCAUCAGGUGACAUCGCAUUUAAAGUUUAACUUUGGCAUCUCUUUCUCUCUCUAUUUCUCUUCCUCUCUCUCUCUCUCUCUCUCUCCCUCUCUAUCUCUCUCUCCCCCUCCCUCUUUCUCCUUCAUUUACUCUCUUCUCUUUACUCUCUUCUCUAUUUCUUCUCUUGUGCGUAUCUUCUUUGUAUGACUUACAAUGCAACCUGACUGAUUCUAAUCAGUCCACAAUUUAAUAGUUUGAAUGAUUUAUAUGUAUAUAGAGAGUAAUUUGAAUAUGUAAGAGGGUGUAAGAGCAAGAAAGAAUUACAGUAUGUAUGUAUACCCUCAUUAAUUUUGUGAAACAAGGAAUAUUAACAAGGUAUUAACAAUACUAAUGAGCAAUGGACAUGCAUUAUGCACUGGGACAAACCCAAACAAAAGGUUGAUGGGGUUAUCUUUAGCCUUUAGGUAGAAAAAUGUGUGUACUUCAGUGGGAAAAAAA